AUGGAGUCGAUCACUAAAGAUAUGGAAGGGAAUGAAAAUGGCCAUGCACAAGGCACCGGUGCAGUAGCUGGAGUCUUCCUGGAGAAGACUAAGCAGAAGAUAACAAUAUAUCAGGCCAUGAAGAAACGUCUACUGAAGCCUGGCACAGCGUUGGCCCUGUUGGAGGCCCAGGCUGCCACUGAGGGAAUCAUAGACCUUAUCAAUAACCGGAAACUUCCAGUAGAAGAAGCUGUCAAGGAAGGAAUAAUUGGACCUGAGUUGAGAGAAAAACUCCUUGUUGCAGAGAGAGCCAUUGAUGGUUACAUAGAUCCUUAUACAAAUGAAAAAAUAUCUGUAUUCCAAGCCAUACAAAAGGAUGUUAUUCCAAAAGAUUAUGGAUCCCGGUUGCUUGAGGCACAGAUAUCCACAAAAGGCCUAUUUGACCCUGUUGAAAAGAAAUAUGUUUCAGUGUACUUAGCGAUUGAGAAGGGACACUAUGAAAAAGGCUUACUCUCUGACCAGAUUGAAGCGCUCAAAGUGUUCUAUGAUCCAAACUCACAAGAAAAUCUCAACUACCCACAUCUGAUAGAGAAAUGCAUGGUGGAUCCUGACACUGGCUUACUGCUGCUCCCAGUUUGCAUCACCUUCAAAGGCCUGCGCAGGGGGGUUUCCUCCACUGAACUCCUGGUGUCAAACAUAAUUGACAAAGAGACCUAUGACGACUUGCAGAAAGGCAAAACAACCACUCAGGAUGUGAUGCUCAUGGAGACUGUGAAAGAGUACCUGGAAGGUAAAGGGGGUAUCUCUGGUGUAGCUAUGCUCUCAUCCAAUCAGAUAAUGAGCAUCUAUCAAGCCAUGAAGCAAGGCAUUCUUAUGCCUGGAACAGCACUAGUUCUUCUUGAGGCACAGGCUGCCACUGGAUUCAUGAUUGACCCUGUUCAAAACAAGAAAUUCAGCGUGGACGAAGCUAUUAAAAACAAAGUUGUGGGCCCUGACUACCAUGCUAAACUGCUCUCGGCUGAGCGGGCAGUCACGGGAUACAAAGACCCUUACACAAGUGAAACAAUAUCCCUGUUUCAGGCACUGUCAAAGGACCUAAUCGUGAAGGAGCAUGGGAUUCGCUUACUGGAAGCUCAAAUCGCCACAGGAGGAAUAAUUGAUCCCAUCAACAGUCACAGACUUCCCGUGGACGUAGCCUACAAGCGAGGUUUCUUUGAUGAAGCCAUGAAUACAAUACUUGCAGACUCAGGAGACGACACCAAAGGAUUCUUUGAUCCAAACACAAAGGAAAAUUUGACGUACCUUCAGCUGAUGGAACGAUGUGUCAUCGACCCAGCCACUGGACUCUGCCUGCUUCCUCUUAUGGAACAGUCAGGUGGUCAGAAUCAUAAUUUCAUCGACUAUCAAACCAAACUUAACUUAAAAGAAGUGAGAGUGAGGGUGACUUGUGGGAAGUACAUGGGAAUGAUUGUAUCCCUUUGGGAAUUGGUGAUGUCAGAGUACUUCAACGAACAUCAGAGGCAAGACAUCAUUCGGCAAUACACGCAGGGACACCUUCCAAUGAAGAUGAUCAUCAGAAAAAUUAUGGAGGUUAUAGAGCAAUCAGUGAAAACAACCAACGUUGUCUUCGAAGGAAUCCGGGAGACUGUCACAGCAAAGCAGCUGGUAGAGGCAGAUAUCAUUAGCGAGAAUGUCCUGGAGGAACUCAACAAGGGGAAGAAGACCGUGAAGGAGGUCACAGAGGAUGAAACUGUUAAAAUGUACUUACAAGGGAAAGACAGCAUUGCAGGUGUUUUGCUUCCUGAUUCUCAGAUCAUGACAAUCUACCAGGCCAGACGAAAGGGAAAGCUGAUGCCAGGAACUGCACUGAUUUUACUGGAAGCUCAAGCAGCAACAGGCUUCAUCAUUGACCCUAUUGCCAAUAGAAAGUUUUCAGUGGAUGAGGCAGUGAAGGCAAACAUAGUGGGGCCUGACCUUCAUGGAAAGCUGCGUUCAGCAGAGAAAGCAGUGACUGGUUACAAAGAUCCAUACACUGGCAAAACCAUCUCUCUGUUCCAAGCCAUGCAGAAAGACCUCAUCUUACAAGACCACGGAAUUCGUCUGCUGGAGGCACAGAUUGCCACUGGAGGAAUCAUUGACCCUCUUAACAGCCAUCGUAUUCCUGUCCAUGUAGCCUACAAGAGGGGAUAUUUCAAUGAGGAAAUGAAUCAGAUUCUUGAUGAUCCAAGUGAUGACACAAAGGGCUUCUUUGACCCCAACACUCAUGAAAACCUCACAUACCUGAAGCUCAUGGCCAGGUGUGUCACUGAUCCAAGCACAGGCCUUUGUCUUCUGCCCCUCAAAGGCAAAAGCAACAGAGUCAACAUACAAGAUCACAUAAAGGAGACUUUCCAAGCUACAAAUGUCACUGUUAAGUAUGGCAGGUUCAGCUGCAAGCAUGUAACACUCUGGGAUCUCAUCAACUCUGAAUAUCUGUGUGAGGACAAAAGGCAGGAGUUAUUAAAACUGUACAAGUCAAAGAUGAUCACAAUCAAGGAAAUCAUUGUAAUUAUCCUGGAAAUCAUUGAAAGCAAGGAGAUAAAGUGGCAAGCUGGUCUGAACUUUGAGGGUCUGAGGGGGAAUGUUUCUGUUGUGGACCUUUUGAGGUUGGAAAUUGUGGACGAAAAGACAUACAAAAGUCUGAUUGAAGGGAAACUGACCAACAAGGAUAUAAUGAAGAUAGACACUGUUAGAACCUAUCUGAGAGGAAACAGCUGUGUAGCCGGGGUGAUACUCCAACCCUCCAGUCAAAAACUGAGCAUCUAUGAGGCCAAGAAAAAGGGCGUCCUGACUCCUGGUACUGCGCUCUCUCUUCUGGAAGCACAAGCUGCCACAGGCUUUAUCAUUGACCCUCUUCAUAACCAGAAACUGACUGUGGACCAGGCUCUGAAAGAGAAGGUAAUUGGCCCAGAACUGUUCGAAAAGCUCUUAUCAGCAGAGAAGGCAGUAACUGGCUACACAGACCCCUACACUGAUAAAAAAAUCUCACUCUUCCAAGCCAUGAAAAAAGAUCUGAUCCUACAGCAGCAUGGCAUUCGUUUACUUGAAGCCCAGAUUGCAACAGGUGGCAUCAUUGACCCAUUGAAGUGUCUUCAUUUGCCCCUUGAAGUUGCUUACAGAGAGGGAUACUUUGAUGCGGAGCUUAAUCAAAUCCUGACAGAUCCCAGUGAUGACACCAAGGGAUUUUUUGACCCAAGGACACAAGCAAACUUGACCUACAUGGAAAUGAUGGAGCAGUGCAUAAAGGACCCAGAGACGGGUCUGCUUCUUCUGCCACUGAUGGACAAAACUAAAACACAGGAUAAAACUGAGAAAAUGUACUCAGACGCUGAGAUAAAGCAGGAGUUUGAAAAGACAACUGUUAGCAUUUCAGUAGGGCGUUAUUCAGGAAAGACAGUCUCUCUUUGGUAUUUGAUUCACUCUGGAUACUUUACUGAUGAUCAGAGACUCCAGUUCCUUGAUAAAUACAGAACAAAGAAGGUAACCAUACAAGUAAUAAUCACUUUGGUCAUUUCCACCAUUACAAAACUGGAGAAGAAUGAAACUCUGAAAACAACAAUAGGUUUGAGAAAGCCAGUCUCUGCAAAACAACUAUUGAAAUCAAGCAUAAUUGAUGCCAGUACCUUCAAGAGUUUGGAGGAAGGAAAUGUAACUCUUGAACAAGUGACCCAACUGGAAUCUGUGAAGCAAUAUCUAAGGGGUACAGGAAGUAUUGCUGGAGUCCGGAUUCUUCCAUCCAAAAAAGUAAUGAGCAUUUAUGAGGCAAGGACGCAAGGUCUGCUAACACCUGGUACUGCACUGAUACUGCUUGAGGCUCAGGCUGCAACAGGGUUUGUCAUCGAUCCAAUCAAGAACAAAUAUCUAUCUGUUGAUGAGGCCGCAAGAGAACAACUAAUUGGACUAGAAAUACAUGAAAAACUACUCUCAGCUGAACGAGCAGUCACUGGAUAUGUAGAUCCAUACACAGAUGCCACAAUAUCUUUAUUUGAAGCCAUGAAAAAAGAUCUGAUCGAGAAAGGCCAUGGGAUACAUCUGCUGGAAGCACAAAUUGCAACAGGGGGAAUAAUUGACCCAGUCAACAGCUACAGGAUACCUGCUCAUGUCGCCAUGAAAAAAGGCUACCUUGAUGAAGAAACAAGUGAAGCAAUGUCUAAUCCAAAUGAUGACACGAAAGGAUUCUUAGACCCCAUAACCAAGGAAAACCUAACAUACCUUCAGCUAAGAGAGAGGUGUGAAAAGGAUUCUCAGACAGGACUUUUACUCCUACCAAUACAUGAAGAAAGGGGAUAUGACUUUCACACCGAUGAACAAACAGAACAGGAAUUCAAAGACAAAACUGUGGUCAUCAAUGCAGGUAAAUUUGAAGACAAAGAAGUGUCACUGUGGGAUGUGUUAAUCUCUGAAUACAUUCCAAAACUAAAGAGAGAGCAGCUCUUGAAACAAUACAAGACAAGAUCAUCGACAAUGAAAGAGAUAAUAGAAAUAGUCAUCAUAAUAAUACAGGAAGUGACAUCAAAACAAAUCAAGUUCAAAGGACUGAGGAAGCAGGUUUCAGCAAGUGAGCUUUAUGAGUCAAAAAUAAUCUCAAAGGAACUGUUUACUCAGAUUAUCCAUGGAGAAGUUACUGAAGAGACUGUUGGCAAAUUGGAAUGUAUUCAAAAGUACCUUGGGGCAACAAAUUGCAUUGCAGGAGUAAGAAUUGAAUCCACCAAAAAGAUCAUGAGCAUCUAUGAGGCCAAAACCAAAGGUUUUCUGACUCCUGGAACCUCUCUGGUUCUGCUGGAGGCUCAGGCUGCCACUGGAUUUGUCAUUGACCCAGUGAAGAACAAGAAGCUCUCUGUAGAAGAGUCAGCCGCUCAAGGUUUAGUUGGGAAUGAGUGGAAGAACAAACUGCUUUCAGCAGAGAGGGCAGUCACUGGAUACAAAGAUCCCUACACAGGAAACACUAUUUCCUUGUUCCAGGCCUUGAAAAAGGAUCUAAUUGUCAAGGACCAUGGAAUUCGCCUUCUUGAGGCACAGAUUGCAACUGGUGGAAUCAUCGAUCCAGUGUACAGUCAUAGAGUGCCAGUAGAGGUGGCGUACCAGAGAGGAUACUUUGAUGAGGAAAUGAACCAGAUCCUCGAUGACCCUGACGAUGACACCAAGGGCUUUUUUGACCCCAACACACAAGAGAACCUCACCUACCUGCAGCUUGUGGAGAGGUGUGUGAGAGACCCAGAUACUGGCCUUAGCUUACUGUCCCUGAAUAAAUGA